AUGGCGCAAUCUUCGCUUAUCGACAAUUUCGUCACGGGCUUAGAGUACGCUUUGGGAACUACAAGGACCAUCAUCUCCUUAGCAGAUCAGUGGAGGCUAGAGUGCCCAGAUGGAAACGAUAAUGCCGAUCUAGCGGAAUAUCUUCGACUUCAGACCGGAAGUUACCCGUACUACCAUGAUUCGUAUCACAAUCUACACGAUUUCCGUAAGCUAUACGAGGAAAAACACGGAAAGCCGCCUUUCGUACACAGAGCGAUGCAUUGGCAAUGGGAUGUGUCGAAGAAGAUUACAGUAGAAGAGCGAGACUUCUACUGGCGACGCUCUGAGCUUUACCGAAAGUGGCUUCUAGACAGGGUCUUUGAUACAGAUAACAAAGACUGCAUCACCAUCAUGGUAUUUCCGAUCGAAGAGGGAAGACCCAACUAUCGCGACGCGGUGCUGCCGUAA